UGGGAAGAAGAAACAACAAUACUGUCGCCUGGUAUCGCCAUCUGUCGGCGCUGACUCUCCUCCCUGCAAUUUGGGGUUCUGUGUAGAAUCGGAUGAAUCGCUGCACAAUAAACAUGUGGGGGAUGACUGCCUGUCUGCCCGAUAAGCCCCCCCAGUGCGAUGCUGCUUAUUUCCUAUAGACAAGAAGAGGAUGUCAGGGAUGAUAAAAGAGCAUUCAGCAUCUGUUUAUUGGGGGAGGUGGGGGUCUGGCUCCACACAGCGGUAUUACAGGUGCUCCUGUGUCCGUAUUGAGAUGCAUCGCUGCUCUGCCAGGAGUGAUACAUUGUAUCCGAGCGGAUGCCACACAUCCUCCUGAUGAUGAUCACACAUACAUGUGCCCCUUAUGUAUAAUGACCAAUCAGGAGCGGGGGCUGUAUAGAGACUGUAGUGGCGGACUAGAUUGACAUGUAAUGCAUGGUAGAAUGUUGUCAACUUGAUAACUAGAAAGGCUGAGUCUGCUCAGUGUUCUUCUCCCCCAUCCACCCUACCUACUGUCAGGCUCCUCCCUCGGUGCCCCCAUCCCCCUUUCCUUUCUCCCGCUCUCCUCUCUCCAUCUCUCCCUAUCUGUUUUGUCUCUACCUCCCUGCAAUCCCAUCGGCUUUGAUAGGACUCACAAUGGGACUGGUAGAGCCGGAGGAUGGAUGCAGUGCGGGCUGUGUGUGAGGAGGGCUACUGGUCACACUGCAGCCAAGAGCCGCCUCUGCCCCUGCCACCCUGAUCACACAGCAGCAGAUGCAUUUUUCAUGGCUCUCCGCGAUGGUUGGGCCCUGGAGAAUCAAGUCUGAGAGGUAAAAUGUACCAUUGCUGCUCCGCAGUCACGUUUGACCAGGACUUAAACAAGAAAAUGCAGAUGUGGAUCCUCCAGACGAUCACAUUUGCUUUAACAUCCCUGGUUCUCUCUUGGGCAGAAACAAUAGAAUCCUAUGGAGAGGUGUGUGACAAUUGUCCUUGUGAGGAACGAGAUGGCAUCCUGUCGGUGAAUUGUGAGAACAGAGGGAUCAUAAGCCUUUCUGAGAUCACCCCUCCACGCUUCUCCAUCUAUCAUCUCUUCUUGUUUGGGAAUCUCUUAAACCGUCUCCACUUCAAUGAAUUUGUCAACUACACCGGGGCUUCUAUUCUGCACCUGGGGAACAACGACAUUCAGGAUAUUGACACGGGCUCUUUUAACGGACUUCAGGGUCUAAAGAGGCUGCAUUUGAAUAACAACAAGUUGGAACUUCUUAAGAACGACACCUUCAUUGGCCUAGAAAGCCUGGAGUAUUUGCAAGUCGAUUAUAAUUAUAUCAUCUCCAUUGAGCCCAAUGCUUUUAGCAGGCUUCACACUCUACAAGUCUUAAUACUGAACGACAACCUUUUGUCCACUUUGCCUACCAAUCUGUUUCGUUUUGUUCCUUUAACACAUCUAGACCUGAGAGGAAAUAGACUAAAAGUGCUCCCUUUUGUGGGUCUCUUGGAACAUAUGGAUAAGGUUGUGGAGCUACAGCUAGAGGAGAAUCCCUGGAAUUGUUCUUGUGAGUUGAUAGCCCUGAAGGACUGGCUCUACAGCAUUUCUUACUCUGCUCUGGUAGGUGAUGUGGUUUGUGAGACCCCUUUUAGAUUAUAUGGGAGAGAUCUGGAUGAGAUUUCCAAGCAGGAAUUAUGCCCCAGGAAAAUGAUCCAUUACUAUGAAAUGCGCCCACCCAUUCCCCGGAGUACAAACGAGUACUUCCACACUACCCCAGCCUCAGUCAAUUCUGGUGCCACCAUCUCCUCCUCUGUUUACAAAAACCCGACAAAACCUAAAAGCACACGGCAACCUAAUAAAUCCAGAGUACGAGCCACAUCCCACCACCCUCCCAAAGAGAAUGGAUAUAUUGCUUACCAGACCAAAUCCCCAGUGCCUUUGGAGUGUCCUACAAACUGUACGUGCAACCUACAGAUCUCCAAUCUGGGACUUAAUGUCAACUGUCAGGAGAGAAAGAUCCAGAGUAUCUCCGACUUACACCCUAAACCUUACAACCCCAAAAAGAUGUAUCUGACAGGCAAUUAUAUUACUAUGGUUCGCAGGUCGGAUUUUAUUGACUCCACUGGAUUGGAUCUGCUGCAUCUUGGGAACAAUCGGAUAUCAGUUAUCCAAGAAAGAGCCUUUGGGGAUUUGACUAAUCUACGCAGACUGUACUUAAAUGGCAAUUCUAUUGAAAAGCUGACAGCAGACUUGUUUUAUGGCCUUCAAAGCCUUCAGUAUCUUUUCCUACAAUAUAAUGCUAUUAAGGUAAUCGAACCUGGGACAUUUGAUUCCGUUCCCAACCUCCACCUUCUGUUCCUCAAUAACAAUCUGCUGAAAUACUUACCUAGCAACAUCUUCUCGGGAUUGAAUCUCUCAAGGCUAAACCUUCGAAGUAAUAAUUUUUCUCACCUGACAGUGAGUGGAGUGUUAGAUCAGCUGAAGUCCUUGGUGCAGAUAGACCUUCAUGAGAACCCCUGGGAUUGUACCUGUGAUGUGGUGGGCAUGAAGCUCUGGUUGGAGCAGCUCAGCGUUGGAGUCCUAGUGGAUGAUGUCAUCUGCAAAACCCCCAAGAAAUUUGCCAUGAAGGAAAUGAGACUGAUCAAGUCUGAUCUCCUUUGCCCCGAUUACUCUGACAUUAUAGUUCCCACGUCUACCCCAUCAGAGGAGCAGCCUCCAGAGAGCACCACCACCUUCAUUUAUCCCAUUAAAUUCAAUAACGUGUCGAGCUCAGUGCCCUUGUCUGUGCUCAUACUGAGCCUGCUCUUGGUUUUCAUUAUGUCUGUGUUUGUGGCUGCAGGGCUAUUCGUCCUUGUGAUGAAGCGAAGGAAAAAGAAUCAGAAUGAGCCAGCAAGCACCAAUAACUCAGACGUGAGCUCAUUCAACAUGCAGUACAGUGUGUACAGCAACCGACCUCUGCCUAAAGUGAAGACCCCAGCCGGCCAUGUGUAUGAGUACAUCCCCCACCCCUUGGGUCACAUGUGCAAAAACCCUAUCUAUAGAUCUAGGGAGGGCAAUUCUGUUGAUGACUACAAGGAUCUCCAAGAACUUAAAGUCACCUACAGGAAUCAUCUAGAGGAGGAAAGGGAUCGCAAUCUGAGGAGCCCCAACUACAGUGUCAGCACUAUUGAGCCCAGGGUGGAGCUUUCUCCUGUGCAAGAUACAGAUCGUGUAUAUAGAGGGAUUCUUGAACCUGAUAAGGGACCUUCACCUGGGAACAACAUCGAGUAUAAAUAUAGCAACCCCCCUGCUUUCACCUAUACACCCAAAUAUGAAGCAAAGCGUCAAUACUUACACCCGGACAGGUUAAGGGAAGCGGUGCUCUACAGCACCCCUAGUACUGUCUAUGUGGAACCUAACAGGAAUGAAUAUCUGGAAUUAAAAGCAAAACUCAAUGUUGAGCCGGACUACCUCGAAGUGCUGGAGAAACAGACAACAUUCAGCCAGUUCUAGACUCCUACAACCACAGUUUUCUCUCUGAAACAAAGGACUACAUGAUGAUUUUGUUGCUUCAACCUUCGGAUGAAGUGCCUUGGCACAAGAUUUUCAGCUGCAGCAGUUAUACUGAAAGGGUGUGCAAUUUUCUUCUCCAUUUUUGUAGGACAACAUCCAUUGUAUAAACGGGGCACAACAAUUAUUGACUGCAAGGGGGGUCUUCUCCUCUGUGGUCUAUCUCUGCAGCCUGAGAAUUAAAGAGUUGGAAUCACUCCUGGUGCUAGGAGGUAUAUAUGAUGAAUUUACCACACUUAUGCUAUAACCCUUCAGACAAGGGUGGGUCUAAAUAACUUUUCUGGUGUUUUAGCACCCCCUUCCCCUAAGUUUAAUAUAAAGGUCCAUUUUUACAGGAUGUAUUUGUAUGCUUUCUGGACUUUUCAAGCUAAAUUAUGUAAGCUACGAUCUUUAUGCAUCACCAUAGAUGGUGUAAACAAAUUCUAAAGUGCAAAGACAUCAAAUCCAUAACUUGGGUAGUUAUAUAACUUAUUGUCGAAAUAUGAAAUAUUUUAAUGUAGCACCUAUUUUUAUAUGCACAUUAGCAUCUCUCUAUCUCUCUUUUUAUUUUUUAUUUUUUUUCUUUUCUUUCUUUCUUCCUUUCCUUUUUUUUUUUCUUUUUCCACUAUUCCAGUCUUUGGUUUGCUCAGAUGUGUUGCACUACAUAAAUAAGUUGUCAUAUCAGAGAUGGUUAUAGGUAGCAGAGAUGGUUAAAGGGAAUUGCAGGGAAAGUCACCAAAUUGCAGGGAGGCUGAAAGCAAGCAUGUCAGUCAAUGAGGCUGUUGCAAUUGUUAUAUGAGAGGCAUAAUGAAUUCUACCAUUAUCACUGGGCACUUUACAGAACUGAAUAUGGAGGGACACAGGGGAAUAUCUGGUGUUAUGUAAAAGGAUUUUAUUUCAGUAGGGAACCAAAUGUAUUUUCUUGACUACUGUUGUAGCCAAUUUCAACUGCACUGUAUAGAUUGACGUGUCUGUCACUUGGUAGGUUUGACAUACUGGAAUGUGCAAAGCUCAGAAAAGAGUCACGGAUUUUGGUUUUUUAUACUCCUUUGUUUUAUUUUCAGAAGUGCAGUGCUGUGAUACAUAUAUCCAACAAGUGAUAAUAUUGUAUGAGCAACAGUAAAAUACAGGAUGCAUUUUAGCAUCUAAAUAUUCAUUUAUUAGGUUUUUGUCAUUGGGCACAUGACCAAGUGUUAAUCAUUGCAGCCAGUAGAGUAGAAAAAAAUAAUUAAAUCCAUAUCAUAUUUCUUAGUGCCCAAUGUGACAAGAAUAAAAUAAUUACAAUGUUUUUUUAGAGCAUGUAACAUUUGCAUACGUGUUGAUACUUCAACAUUGUUUUCUUUUCUUUUCUUUUUAUUAUUAUUUUAUUUUUAAUACCAGUUCCGUUUGUUUCUUUUCUUAUUUAAUAUUUGCAACAGGGUAUGUAGUUAUAUUAUACACAAACA